GGGAGCGUGUUUAUGAAACGGACAGUGACGGGUGGCGGCAGUCAGCCGCAGACAUGGACUGGUCCCGGUUCUGGUUCUGGUCCUGGUCCUGGUUCUGGUCCCUGGCAGCAGGCCUCCUGGUCGCUCAUGUUCUCCAGAGGUUCUGCUUCCCGUUCUUCUGGAAGGAUCUGCUCUUCCUCUCUAAGGUGAUCCGGUACGGCGCGAGGCUGGAGCUCUUCAAGCUGACGGCCCGGGUCCAGACGGUUCUGGACCGGUUCGUGGAUCAGGCGCAGCGGAUCCCCGAUAAGCCGUUCAUCAUCUGUGAAGGCUCGGUCCACAGCUACCGGGACGUGGACCUGCGCAGCAACAGGCUGGCCAACGCGUUCCUGCAGCAGCAGCGGGGCCCCCAGAGGGGCUCCUGCGUGGCGCUGUUCAUGAGCAACGAAGCGGACUUUGUGAGCGCCUGGUUCGGCUUGGCUAAGCUCGGAUGCUCGGUGGCUUUCCUCAACAUCAACAUCAGGUCCAAGAAGUCUCUGCUGCACUGCUUCGACUGCUGCGGGGCCCGAACUCUGCUCAUCGGCUCAGAUUUACUAGAAUGUCUGGACGGGGUCCUGCCAAGCCUUCUGGAGAACAACAUCCAGGUGUGGACCAUGAGGAGCCACUGUGAGCAUCCACAGGUGCACACUCUGCCGGACAGGAUAGCGGCGGCGUCCGAUGAGCCGGUACCGGCCGACCUGCGCGCCGCCAGCUCCCUGAAAACCCCCACCCUCUACAUCUUCACCUCUGGAACCACCGGGCUCCCAAAGGCUGCGGUCAUCACUCACCUGCAGAGCCUGAAGGCAGCUGGGGGCUUCUGGGCCUUCGGAGCGACUGAGAGGGACGUGAUCUACAUCCCGCUGCCGCUCUACCACAGCGCCGCGUCGCUCAUCGGGAUCGGAGGAACCAUAGAGCUCGGAGCCACCUGCGUCCUGAAGAAAAAGUUCUCAGCCUCCCAGUUCUGGACUGACUGCAGGAAAUAUGAAGUCACUAUAUUCCAGUACAUUGGUGAACUCUGCAGGUACCUGUGCAACCAGCCAAAGACAGAAAUGGAGCGGGACCACCGGGUUCGAAUGGGAGUUGGGAACGGGCUGCGUCAGGACGUCUGGCGGGAGUUCCUCAGCCGGUUUGGAGACAUAAAGAUGUGUGAGGUCUACGGCUCCACGGAGGGAAACCUGUGCUUCAUGAACCACGUCGGCCGGAUCGGAGUGGUGGGGCGCUCCAACUUCUUCUACAGGCUUCUGUUCAAGUACGAUCUGGUGAAGUACGACAUGGUUAAAGACGAACCGGUGAAAGACCCUCAGGGUUUCUGUCAGAGAGUCAAACAAGGAGAGACGGGGCUGUUGCUGGCCAAGGUCAGCGCCCUCAGCCCCUUCUUCGGCUACGCUGGAAACAAGCAGCUGACGGAGAAGAAGCUGCUGAGGAACGUCUUUGUGAAGGGGGACGUCUACUUUAACACCGGGGACCUGAUGGCCGAAGACCAGGACGGCUUCAUCUGCUUCAGGGACAGAGUGGGCGACACCUUCAGGUGGAAAGGAGAGAACGUUGCGACCACGGAGGUGACGGAGAUCCUGGGGCAGGUGGACUUCAUCCAGGAGGUCAAUGUGUUUGGAGUGGAGGUUCCAGGACAUGAGGGCAGAGCGGGGAUGGCCGCCCUCACCGUGCGACCACAAUUCACCUUUGAUGGUCACAAGCUGUUGGAACACGCCCUCAGGGACCUCCCGCCGUACGCUCGCCCGCUCUUCGUGAGGAUCCAGGAGGUGAUGGAGAUGACCAGCACCUUCAAACAGCAGAAGUUCCAGUUGGUCCAGAGUGGCUUCAACCCAUCAACCAUCUCUGAUCCCCUCUAUGUGUUGGACUACCAGCAGAACAGCUACAUUCCCCUAACAGAACAGAUAUACCAGAGCAUCAUCUGUGGAGAACGCAAGCUCUAGAGGACCCCUGGGUCACCAUGGAGACGGAGAGGGUCCAAAGACGAUGUUUGCUCUGUUUGUGUCUGUGAUCACUGUGAAGGAUUGUUCUGCCAGAGAAGCAGAACCCAACCAGAACCCCAGCUCCUAUGGACACUGAUGACAUUCUUUCGCAAACGAUGGGAUCAAUAAUCGGAACCAUUACAGCUUCACAGAACCGCAGAAGUUUAACUCUAAUUUAGUUUUUUAAAUUUCAGACAGCUUUUCCUGAAGGCUUUAGUGAGGGGGCAGUGUGGAGACGUUGCUGUGCUGCAGCCAGGUCUCAGUGCGCCCUGCAGGGUUAGGCUGGCAGGGCCUGAUCUUCAGGAUUAAAACACGUCCAGACUUGAUUUCACUUACGGAGCAGAUCAUCAGAGGGAGGGAUCAACCACAAAGAACUUUCCCAAUAUUUACUGUUAUUUUCCUCUUUUUAUCCUCUUGGCUUGUUUGUAGCAGUUUUAGAUUUGUAUGCCUGCCAUAGACUGGUGACCUGUCCAGGGUGGACCCCGCCUCUCAGCCAAUGACAGCUGGCACCAGCCCCCCUACGACCCCAGCAGGGAUUAGCGUGUUGGAAGAUGGAUGGAUGGAUAGAUUUGUAUGCUAAGUGCAUUAUGAAUGAUAUUCUAAAUUAUAAUCAUUGGCUGAGUUUGUAUCCAGCGGCUUCGUCCUCCAAAGAUCCAUUGGCCGAUGAUGUCAUAGCGCGGCGACGAGGUCUGUUCGGAUUGGAAGAUUCCACUUUAUGCGGCCGACAGAUGUGUCCUUCUUUUUGACCGUGUUUAAGGACAGGUCCGCUGUACCAGGAUUCAUUGAGAGUCCAAGCACGCCAGCUGCUCUGUCUCUUAGAGGAAAGGUUACUUGGCGCCAUACAGUGGUGAAAAUUGGAAGUUCAGUUUAAUAUAAUCCAGUCAGUGAAUAGUUCCGUCUGAAAUGAAUGAAAAUAGUUGUUUUAAUGGUUAUAGAAUCAGAUAUGUGGCGGUAAUGUUUGGUUUAUCUAA